AUAGUUAUUAGUUCUUCAGGAUUUUAAGUAAAAUCCAAGAUGAAGUUGUACUAAUCAAAUAAAGUGAAAUAAAAGUCCGUUUUUGUUGCACUAUUUUGAAUAAUGGCAUGUACAUGCAAGUUCGUUAUGAGGCACCGGUAAGAAUGAAAGAUCAUUGUGGUGGUUUGGCCGAUGGUUGACAGUAUCAUGCGGUAGUUUCUUGCUAAAAUGGGAUUAUUCUAGGGAGACAUUUUUUAACCCAAAAUGGAACGCCCAAAUACCCUUGGGCAUGACUCGGACGACGACUCUGCGCUAAGAAUGGACCGCAUCAGGCAAGAACAACGAACUCCAGCGUUUGUUUACGUUUUGACACUGUUCUCAGCAAUCGGUGGAUUCCUCUUUGGGUAUGACACAGGGGUGGUUUCAGGAGCAAUGAUCCUCUUGCGAGAAGAGUUCCGCCUGGACUCCCUGUGGCAGGAACUUAUAGUGAGUGUAACGAUAGGAGCGGCCGCCGUGUUUGCCUUAGUUGGCGGUGUGUUGAAUGACAGUUUCGGUCGCAAGCCUGUUAUCGUUACGGCCAGCCUAAUCUUUACAGUGGGGUCCAUAAUUAUGGGGCUCGCCAUUGACAAGUAUAUGCUGCUUGCAGGACGCAUUGUGGUCGGCAUUGCAAUAGGUUUAACAUCAACAACCAUUCCCAUGUAUAUCGCGGAGGCUGCUCCUUUUCACACUAGGGGGCGCCUUGUGUCUACUAACGUGGCCAUGGUGGCUUUCGGACAGUUUAUUGCUAAUGUGGUAGAUGGGCUUUUCAGCAAAGAUCAGCACGAUGGGUGGAGGUACAUGCUUGGAUUGGCAGGAAUUCCAUCAGCUAUACAAUUUCUUGGGUUUCUUUUUAUGCCAGAAAGCCCCAGGUGGCUUAUCACGAAACAGCGCGAUGACCAAGCACGGCGAGUGUUGCAGAGUAUACGUGGUGUCUUAGAUGUAGAUGAUGAAUUUGAUGGAAUUAAAAAAAGCUGUGAAGAAGAUGAAAUGGAGCUGAGAGAAAGGGGUCGCAGACCGGUGCUGCUGAUCAUGCUACAGACCCCAGCUGUGAGAAGAGCUCUUAUCAUCGGAUGUAGCCUUCAGAUUGUGCAGCAAUUAGUGGGGAUCAACACUGUCAUGUAUUAUAGUGCCACCAUCAUCAAAAUGUCAGGGAUCCGGGACAAAUCUACAGCAAUAUGGCUGUCUGCUGUUACUGCUGCUGUAAAUUUUGUGUUCACUUUCGUUGGUCUGUAUUUGGUUGAAAAAAUUGGAAGAAGACCAUUGACACUCGGAAGCUUAAUAGGUGCUAUAGUCAGUCUGGCUUGGCUUGCCAUUGGGUUCCAGCUCAACGCCCUCCACUCCCCUCCCAUUACAGUGGUGGAAGCUGUGAACCCAUGUAAUCAGCACAGCACUUGCGACCAAUGCAUGGUAGAUUUGAGCUGCGGUUUCUGCUACAACGAUGCCAAUAACACGGCUGUGAAUGGCUCCUGCCUGGCCACAAGCUAUGAUGACCCACUAACUUCACUGUAUGGCAGGUGUAACAGCACUAGCCUUCCAGGUUCUGUGGCCUGGGCAUAUGACUACUGCCCAACCUCUUUUUCAUGGAUGGCCAUGGUAGGACUGGUGUCAUAUUUGGUCUUCUUUGCCCCAGGUAUGGGGCCCAUGCCAUGGACAAUCAACUCUGAGAUCUACCCACUGUGGGCCAGGAGCACUGGCAACGCUGCUGCCACCUUCUGGAAUUGGACCUGCAAUCUUCUGGUCUCCAUGACGUUUCUGACACUGACUGAAUCUUUGACCAGAUAUGGUACAUUCUGGCUGUAUGCAGGCCUAGGCACCAUAGGUUUUAUAUUCCUGCUAAUCCUUCUGCCAGAGACCAAGGGGAAGAGCCUGGAAGAGAUGGAGGGGCUGUUUGCCAGGCCAUGGUGUGGACGGGGAGCACCUGUUGCUUAUUAUGAAAAGAGUGUCCAGUAUGUCCACAUACGGGGCCUAAACAGGGAUGGACGGGACUCGGAUUUAGACUCUCCUGAGUGAUAAAGCAGUUGGUGUAGGGUUCUAUAUGUGGGGUUAUCACUAAUAUCCCAGCAUCAUUACUCCCCACAAAAUUACUUUACUCCUUUGUUACUCCUAACUAGUUUUUUUUUUUUUUUUAAGAAUGAUUUUUAAAACAUUGUCACGUUUGGGUCCCAGUAUUAAUAGUAAGGUUUUAAAAUAAAUAAUAUUGUUUUGUAUUUCUGUUUUACCAGUGGAGAGUAAUGAUGACAGUGAUAAGGUGUGUGGAGACCUAAUGAGAUGAAACUCUACAAUCUUAUAGUCAUUGUUAUUGUUAUUGUCACAGUAUGAUGGCAUACAUAUGGUUGUUGUGUAAAUUGAAUUAAGUAAUGUAUCUACUCAAAGGGCUGUGAUGUUCAUUACAGAAUCGUUAUAGUAACUGUACCUUUGAAAGAUUAAGUCUUAGAAUAAGUUGAAGAUUAAAGGGAUAAUAACUCUGUGCAUGAAAUCUGUAUUUCACAAUAAAAACAUUGUGAGUGACUCAUAA